ACAAUGAAACGUUGUAGGUCUUUUUCGUUAAGAUUCUUAUUUUUAAGUAUUUAUUAAGUACAGUAUUACACAAAAACGAUAAGGUGAGCGCAGCCUGUGGAUUGAGAACGCGAAGAAAGGUCUGACUUAUGGAUUAGUUUACUCAUUAGAAGCUCCCAGUAUAUCCCGCUGCUGACUGCUGUAAUCUCGCUCAUCAAGAGAGAGAGAGAGUGGUCCAUAUCCCACAGCUAUAAUACUCUCUCUCUCUCCCCCCAUCUCCUCGCCUCAUUCCCUCACCAAAACCUCCACACACAGCGCCAUGGACGGACGCCACAAUGCUCAAGCCAACGCCGGCACCGCCCACGGUGAUGGCCCAAACGGCCGGAGACUCCCAGACUUCCUCCUGAGCGUGAACCUCAAGUACGUCAAACUAGGUUACCACUACUUGAUCUCCCAUUUACUCACUCUCUGUUUCAUACCUAUAACCGCCGUAACGCUCCUCGAAAUUUCGCAAAUGAGUUAUACCGAUGUCCGCCUUCUAUGGCUCCACCUCCAGUUCAAUCUGAUCAGCGUUAUUAUAUUCUCCACCGUUGUAGUUUUUGGACUGACGGUAUAUAUAAUGAGUCGGCCUAGACCGAUUUACCUCGUGGACUACUCGUGUUUUCGCGCCCCCCAUGAUUGGGCAGCGUCUCUUCAUGCUUUCAUGGAACAUUCUAGGCGCACCGGGGACUUUGAUGAGUCCUCACUUGAGUUCCAGCGUAAGAUUCUUGAGCGAUCAGGGGUUGGAGACGAGACUUGCGUGCCCGAAGCGAUGCAUUUGGUCCCUCCCAAGCCGUCCAUGGCGGCUGCCAGAGACGAGGCCGAGAAGGUCAUGUUUGGAGCUUUGGAUGCUUUGUUUUGUAAUACUAAAGUUAAGCCCAAGGAUAUUGGUAUUCUUGUUGUGAAUUGUAGUUUGUUUAACCCGACGCCUUCAUUGUCUGCUAUGAUUGUGAAUAGGUAUAAGUUGAGGGGGCAUGUUAGGAGUUUUAAUCUGGGGGGUAUGGGGUGUAGUGCAGGGGUGAUUGCGGUCGAUCUCGCGAAGGACUUGUUGCAGAUUCAUCGGAAUACUUAUGCUGUCGUCGUUAGUACUGAGAACAUUACCCAGAAUUGGUAUUUUGGGAAUAAGAAGUCUAUGUUGAUACCCAAUUGUUUGUUUAGAGUCGGGGGUUCCGCAGUUCUGUUGUCUAAUAAGUCUGUUGAUAGGAGUCGAGCCAAGUAUAAGCUUGUUCAUGUUGUGAGGACGCAUAAGGGGGCAGAUGAUAAGGCCUUUCGCUGCGUUUAUCAAGAACAGGAUGGUGCUGGAAAAACUGGGGUUUCGUUAUCGAAAGACCUGAUGGCAAUUGCCGGUGGUGCUCUUAAAACCAACAUUACCACAUUGGGUCCGCUUGUGCUCCCAAUUAGCGAGCAGCUUCUGUUCUUUGCUACUCUGGCGGUUAAGAAGUUGUUUAACAAAGGCGUCAAGACUUAUAUCCCGGAUUUUAAGCUUGCAUUUGAUCACUUCUGCAUACACGCCGGGGGAAGGGCUGUGAUUGAUGAGCUGGAGAAGAAUUUGCAGCUCCUUCCGGUACAUGUGGAAGCUUCCAGGAUGACUCUUCACCGAUUUGGAAACACUUCGUCAAGUUCCAUUUGGUAUGAACUGGCGUAUAUUGAGGCCAAGGGGAGGAUGCGGAAAGGGCACCGAGUCUGGCAGAUUGCAUUUGGGAGUGGUUUCAAGUGUAAUAGUGCAGUAUGGCAAGCACUUCGAAAUGUGAAGCCAUCUUGUAAUGGUCCAUGGGAGGAUUGCAUUGAUAGGUAUCCUGUGAAGCUAGUCUUGUAGCUCAGCCAAAAGGGUUAGACUCGUCGAUCAGAGUAUCGCUCUUCAGUUCCUUAGUUCUCUGUCUCACUCUCAUUUUCACUGUGUAGCUUCGUUUGAUCAUUGAAAUGUGUUCUUGUUUCAGUUUUGCCUUCGGGUGUAGAGAUCACAAAUCACUAUUACUCGUGUGUAGAUCACAAUUUGAUCUGUUGAUUUGCUGAUCUUGUACUGUACUACUACGACCUCUGAUGCUUUCCUCUCAUUGCUUAUUUCUGAUUGUGUAAGUUGCAAAAAGCUGAGCUCCCUUUUGGUUGGCAAUUCCAUUGGCAAAUCACACAUUUAUUUGUAUCCCGUUCUUUAA